GCUGUGUGACACCAUGGUUGUGUGACAUCGCUGAUGGCGGGUGCCACCACCGCCCCGUGCCAUGGCUGUGUGACAUCAGGGCUGUGUGACACUGCCUCUGUGAGCGACACUGUGACUGUCUGACACUGUCCCUGCGUGUGACACGGUCUCUGUGACACCCGCCGGUCCCGCAGCGCAUCCAGGCCCCUCCCGUUGCCAUGGCGACAGCGCCGCCCGGAAGCGCUCCUUGUUGCCAUGGUGACGCGGGGCCCGCGGGGCCCGUUGGGGCCGGAAGUGGUACCGGAACCGGUGCCAGGGUCGGACCCGGACUCCGCCAUGGACCCUGAGGACCUCGUCCAGUGCCCCUACGACAAAAACCACCGCGUGCGCGUGUCCCGCCUGCCCUACCACCUCGUCAAGUGCCAGCGGAACAACCCUGGCAUUGCCCGCUCGCUGACCACCUGCCCCUUCAAUGCCCGGCACCGUGUGCCCCAGCACCAGCUGCGCAGCCACCUUGCCUCCUGCCCCGACCAGCACCUGUCCAGCCUCCCCCCGGAGAUGGGCACAUCCCAGAGCCAGAGGGUGCAGCAACCAGAGGCGCCUGUGGUGCCCAGAGGUGCCCAGCAGGAGGACUGGGAGGCUGAGGUGGAGAACCUGGAGGACCCCCUGCCAUUCAUCUUCGAUGGCAGCAUGAACGACCUGCUUCUCGUGCAUGAAAGGAAUGGAGACUCCACCACCGCCCUGGGCAGCCUCUGCCAGUGCUUCACCACUCUUUCCAUGAAGGAAUUUUUCCCAAUAUCCAAUCUAAACUUCCCUUGGUGCAACUUGAGGCCAUUUCUUCUCAUCCCAUCACUUGUUCCUGGAAGCAGAACCUUAUCCCGCCUUACUCCAGCCUUUCUAGGAGCUGCAGAGAGCAAUGAGCUCGGCAGCACCCACAAACCGGAGGAGAGGCCUGGAUGCCAUGGGGGACCACGUGGUCCGGGAGAGACCGUGAGCGGGAGCAGCACAUGGUGCCUGUCUCUGCCCCAGGGGCUGGGGUACCUUGGUGACGCCCCCCCCCAGCCUUUGCUGCGAGGGGCGCUUGUACCCAGAGGACCCCACGGAGCCCCCACUGCCCCGGGAGAUGAGAAGAGCUCAGAGGAGGCGGUGGAUUUGGGGCGGCAUGUUUUCAAUCCAUUUAUGGAGCUGACAGAGGGGUUGAUCCCCCCUCAUCGCUCGACGUGGAGAAUCAGGAUGCGCUCCCGCUUGGCUUUAUCUCAUCCUGGAGCUGCAGAGGGAUGGAGCUCCUCAGCUAUGAGGACAUGGAGCUGUUGGAGCGAGGCCAGAGGAGACCACUGAGCUGAUCCAAGGGCUUCAGCACAGGCUGGGAGAGUUGAGGUUCCUCAUCCUGGAGAAGAGAAGGCUUAAAGCAGCUUCCAGGACUGAAAGGGGAUCCAGGAGAGCUGGGGAGGGGCUCUUGAUCAGGGAGUGCAGGGAGAGGAUGAGGGGGGGCAGUUUUGAGCUGAAAGAGGGAAGAUUGACAUGAGAUCUUAGGGAGAAAUGUUUUCCUGUGAGGAUGGGGAGGCCCUG